GAGACCCGGAGCCGAGCCGAGCCGAGCCGAGCCGAGCCAAGCCAAGGCAAGGCAGCGAGCAUGGCCACGGCGGCGACCAACCCCUACAGCAUCCUCAACUCCGGCGCGCUGGUCCACGCCGAGUCGGCAGCGAUGCAGCAAGGCGGCCCCUUCCGCAACCCGCAGAAACUUCUGCAAAGUGACUACCUGCAAGGGGUGGCCGGCAACGGGCAUCCGCUGGGCCACCACUGGGUCACCAGCCUGAGCGACGCGGGGCCCUGGGCGGCGGCUCUGAGCGGCGGAGGAGGAGGUGGAGGAGGCGGCGGCGGAGGAGGGGGAGGCGGCGGUGGAAGCCCCCUGGACCAGCCCGACGUGAAGCCCGGGCGGGAAGACCUGCAGCUGGGCGCCAUCCUGCACCACCGCUCGCCCCACCACGUCAGCCACCAUUCCCCGCACCACGGCAGCCACCCCAACGCCUGGGGGGCCACGCCGGCCCACGGCUCGGCGCUGCCGGUCAGCGGAGCCCAGCCGCCGCCGCCGCCGCCUCCCCCGCUGAACGUCUACGCCCAGGCCGGCUUCACCGUCAGCGGCAUGCUGGACCACGGCGGGGGCUUAACGCCGCCGCCUCCCGCCGCCGCGCCCCCGCCGCCGCCCGGCUUGCACCCGGUGCUGCGCGACUCCCCGCCGGAGCCGUCGGAGCUGGCUUCCCACCACUGCCCGGAGCCCUCGGACGACGAGACGCCCACCUCGGACGAGCUGGAGCAGUUCGCGAAGCAGUUCAAGCAGCGUCGGAUCAAGCUGGGCUUCACCCAGGCCGACGUGGGCCUGGCGCUGGGCACCCUGUACGGCACCGUCUUCUCGCAGACCACCAUCUGCCGCUUCGAGGCCCUCCAGCUCAGCUUCAAGAACAUGUGCAAGCUGAAGCCGCUGCUGAACAAGUGGCUGGAGGAGGCCGACUCGUCCACCGGCAGCCCCACCAGCAUCGACAAGAUCGCGGCCCAGGGCCGCAAGCGCAAGAAGCGGACUUCCAUCGAGGUGAGCGUCAAGGGGGUGCUGGAGACGCACUUCUUGAAGUGCCCCAAGCCGGCCGCCCAGGAGAUCGCCUCGCUGGCCGACAGCCUGCAGCUGGAGAAGGAGGUAGUGCGCGUCUGGUUCUGCAACCGGCGGCAGAAAGAGAAGCGCAUGACGCCGCCGGGCGAGCCGCCCCAGCCCCACGAAGUCUACGCGCACGGCGGGAAAACGGACCCCUCGUGUCACGACCUUUGACUGUGACCCACCCGCUCGGGACCCGGGGGAACGGCGCAGC